AUGGACGAAAGAAAAGCACGAUAUAUUCUAACAAAUCUAGAUGAAUUGGCCGAUAAUCUUAAGCUAACUGAAGAAUUUUGGCAACGUUUUGAACGGGAAAAAAUUUUCCCAAAAACCUACGUCGAACAUAUGAAAUUUAAUUGUUGUCGUAAAACGACAACAACAUCGAAUGACGACGACGACGAUGAUGAAGAUUUAAAAGAACGAAAUUUUGAACGACAAGAAUCAAUUGAUGGUGGUGGUUGUACAAUCAAAGAUAUGAUUGUCGUCUAUUCAACGCUUAAAUAUUAUCUAUCGGUGCGUGAUGAAGAACAAGGAACAUUUUUUGUUGAUUGUUUAGUCAAAUCAUUACAAGAAUAUAAAGAAUCAAAUUUGGAUAAAAUUAUUGAAAAAGCAACCGAUUUAUUAAAUGAAAAAGUUACGGAUAUUUCGAAUCAAAUUGAACGACGACAGGCGAUCGAAAUAUCGAAAAGAGGUGUUGAUAAAGCUGUUUAUUUUCGAAAUUCAUCCAGAGAAAAAAUUUGAUUUUUUUGAAAAUUUUUGUAAAACUUUUGACAAACAAGACAACCAUGUAAUUUUUUUUUAAUCAAUGUUACCCAAGAGAUACUUGUCGCCUGUUUCAAUCAUUAAUUUAAAAUUCAAAAAAAAAUCUGAUCUUGAAAUUCAUUCGAUUUUUGGUGUUUGUUUACCACCAACAACAAAAACUCACCGAUCAUGGCCAAAAUCAUC